UUGUUCUCAGAACUGUUUAGUGUUUAUAGGUAUUUCAUAAAGCGAUUCGUAAAAAGGAAAUCAAAUUGUAACGUUUGAUAACAUAUAUCGAUUAGUCUUUCAGCUGAAUUGGUGAUUUUUAUAACCAUUUUAACAUUGAGAUACUGGGUAUAUACUUACCAUGGCAUUGAGAAUAGUGAAGUCAGGAUAUCUGAAACGUUUCAGCAAAAGUAUGUUUUCUGGGGGCUGGAAGGAUGUUUGGGUAGUACUUUAUGACAACAGUGACUUGUGCAUGUAUAACCGACAGGGAGAUCUAGAAAUUAAAGCAAAAAUUCAUAUGAAGGAUGUAUGCAAAAGAUUUGCCUUUGGAGAUUACACCAGCAGCUUUCCUAACAGACCUGAUCUCCCCCGGGGAUCGUCGUAUGAGCAUGUCCUGGCGAUCCCUCACAAGAACAACAGUCAGGCUAAAGUUUUCUGGUUCCUCUGUCGGGACAGCAAUGACUUACAUGAAUGGAUGAAUGCAAUUUGUCAAGUGCUUCCAGCCCCUGCUCAGAAGCAGCCAGCGGGAGGAAUGCAUCCCAGUAGUUCUUCAGGCAGUAUGCCCCCAAUGUCCAGCGCCCCUCCUGCAUCAGCACCACCCCCGUACAGCCCAGCUCCAUCAGGGCCUGGCAUUGGUUUUGAUGGUCUGUCAGGUGGAUCAGCGCCAUAUCCUACACAACCAGGAGGGUUUCCUCAAGCUGGCCCUCCCCAACCUUACAUGCCACCACAGGGGUAUCCCCAGCAGCAGCCCGCUGCUUACCCCCAGCAACCAGCAGCCUACCCUCAGCAGGCUUACCAACAGUACCCACAGCAACCAUACCAACAGUACCCCCAACAGCCUUAUCAACAAUAUCCACAACAGCCAUAUCAACAAUACCCUCAGCAGCAGUACCAGCAGCCAUACGGUUAUACUGCACCAGGAUACCAACAACAGUAUGUUGUGAAACCACAAAAGAGUAAGAGUGGAGGAAUGUUAGGGGGCAACACUGGAAAACUGGCAGCAGGUUUGAUAGGAGGGGCUGCAUUAGGGUACGGAGCAUCACGAAUGAUGGGUCAUGGAUUCGGAGGGCCAUUUGGCUGGGGCCUAGGUCAUCAUGGUAGUUGGAGUUCCCUUAGUAGUUUCGGGAGUGUUGGAAGUUUUGGCAGCUUUGAUUGAAUUAAAAACCUGGUGCAUGUGCUUUACUUUACUUUUACAGAAAGUGUUUGAUAUUAAAUUGAAUAAAUGUGGACAAACUGAAUGGCUUUGUUAUGGUAAUCCAUAUUCCCUGUGAAUUGUUAAAUAUUGUGGUUUUAUCAAUAUUCAUUGAACACAAAUUUUUAUAAAGUGUUUGAUAUGUGCUGUUUAGUCAAUACACAAAAUUGAAUAUCUUUAAAAUGCAAUAUCUGAUAACAUACAUGUAUCAAAUACUGUAUUUUGAUAUGACUAUAUUGUCCAUGAACUUAUGUAUUCUUGAAACUGUCACUCAAUCAGUGGAAAUUGAUGAUCAAAUAUUUAUUGAACUACAGUUAUUGUUAUAUAAUUAGAAUGUUCACCAGUUACUUGCAUAUAAAUAUGUUCUUGUUUGAAGAAAAUGUCUCAAAUACAAAGUACAGAUCUGUCUUGGAAUGGAAAAUAUUUAUGAGUAUCUUCAUAUUUUAAAAACAUGGUGACUGGCCUUUAUUUUUGAUGAUGGCUUUAAUUUUGUUGCAGUGGAGCUUUUGCUUGCAUUUGUUUAUGUUGUUGAAAGAGUUCUUAAAUUACUCUUUUUGAUGACUACAACAUUCUUGAAAAAUAUUAAGAAGUGAUAUGAAUUGUUCUGAAAGGGGGGGGGGGUAGUACAUGUAUGCAACAUUUUGUGAUUUUAUUUUUUUAUUCCCUCUCUUCCUACUAUAAAUGUUCUAGACUUCACAAUUCGGUAGUCUCUUAAUGCCAUAAAGAAUACAAAAACUUAAAAAAGCUUCAAGUUACAUGUACAUACCGUGAGAAAUAUUUUUUUCAAAUGUUCAGGUACACUACAAUUAUUUAAUUAAUGUUCAUGAUAUAAGCAAUUGCUAUACUUUAAUCAAUUGAUCAUUUUUCUCUGAAAUAUUAACUAAAAUUUGAAUUUACUUUCAUAGUUUAUUUUUUUUGGCAAGUUUUUUUUUGGCUGUCAUCUUUGUCAUUUCAUAUGCUUUACCAGUAUGCAAGAGAGAGAGGGUUAGCCAAAUAUAUGUACAGGAGGACAUCUGGAAAAACAUUUUACACAAAUUUUCUAUGAACCCUACCAUUGGAUUUCGUUGCAUAAUAUUGAUGUAGACUUUUGUUAGCAGUGAUAUAAAAUACAUACAGUCCUUCUUUACAAAGUUUGAUUCCUUCAACAUAUGGCUUUAAUUAUACUGUUUGCAAGAAAAGUAUGAUUUCUUUCCAUUAGAAUUUGAUUAACAGUCUGGGUUGAAGUAAAUUAACACUCACAUUUUACACUUGGAAAUAAAUCUCAUCUGAAAUAUUCAAAUUUGUUUUGUUUAUAAAGAUUUAUGAUCUAUUGCAAAGUUUUGGUUUGAUCAGAGUAGCCAUUCUGUUUCCUGUUGGCCAAUAUUGCGUACACAUACUGUAUACAUAUGUAGAUUGUAAAAAAAAUACACAAUGUAUAUACAACACAACAGGUAACCUUGUUUUGUAAAAAUAUGUCAUAUACAUGUACUGUGGUAUACCGGUAUGUAUCUGUAUUUUAUGUUAACUUGUUCCAUCUAUCAACUGUUCAAUAUUUGUAAAUUAUUUACAUGUCAUGGAAAUUUUAUUUAAUUGUUGCUAUUUAUACAAUAUAUGUACAUGUUUAAAUUUGUUACUCUAUUUAUUAUUUUACAUGUACACAAAUGUUGAAUACACUAUGGAUAUUGUAGUUAAUAUCAAUAUGCUGUUACACAGUCAUUCACUUUUUUUAACCAGGAUACACUGUUUCGUAGUUUGUGAUUUUGAGUGCUCUGAUAUUUAAAGGGAAAAUCUUAGUGUAUAAAAACAUUUCUUGAAGUUGUUGUGCAAUUUUUAUUUACUAUUUGAAAUAAAUUUAUGAUUCUAUAAACAUGAAAA